UUGAAAGUGAAAAAUACAGUUUCUUCCUGUUCCCUAUAUAAGUAACAAUUAUAAGUUGCACAGAGAAUUGUUUAUGCUUCUCAAGCUUUACAACAAACACUGCUUCAUUAAGAAGUGUACAGGAAAAUUUUGUCUUAAAUAUCUGCAAGAUUAAGGAUGAUGUCCCUGAUGUGGAUUUUGAUAGCAAUCACCGCUCUAUUAACUGUGGAUGCACACAUUGAUCCUUCAUUAAACAUCCAUUGGCAGUUGUGGAAAAAAACAUAUGACAAAGAUUAUGCCAAUGAGGAAGAGGACCUUAACAGGCGGAUCACAUGGGAGAAAAACCUGAGAUUUGUCACUAUCCAUAACCUUGAGCACUCACUUGGAAUUCAUACAUACGAGCUGGGUAUGAACCAUCUUGGAGAUAUGACUAGUGAAGAAGUGAUGUCUAAGUUAACCGGCUUACAAGUACCUCCGCUCAGUGAACGUAAAAGGUUUGGCAAUCAGUGGAACAGUACUAGCUACAAAAACAAUGUGCCAGACUCUUUAGAUUGGAGGGAAAAAGGUUGUGUCACUGAAGUAAAAUACCAGGGUGGGUGCGGUUCUUGUUGGGCGUUCAGUGCUGUAGGUGCGUUGGAAGGACAGCUACAACUAAAAACAGGGAAACUAGUCUCUCUUAGCCCACAAAACCUUGUAGAUUGCUCAUCAAAAUAUGGAAACCAUGGUUGCGGUGGUGGCUUUAUGACAAGAGCAUUCCAAUAUGUUAUUGACAACAAGGGCAUUGAUUCUGACAGCUCGUAUCCUUAUCAUGGCAUGGAUGAAACAUGUCAUUACAGCCCAGAUGAAAAAGCUGCAACAUGUUCCAGCUACAGAGAUGUUACACCCGAAACUGAGGAAGCACUCAAGGAAGCUUUGGCUAAUAUUGGACCUAUAUCUGUUGCUAUUGAUGCAUCUCGCCCUUCAUUCUUCCUUUAUAAGAGUGGUGUCUACAAUGAUCCAACUUGCAGCCACAAUGUAAAUCACGGAGUUCUUGCUGUAGGCUAUGGAAACCUCAAUGGACAAGAUUUCUGGCUUCUAAAAAACAGUUGGGGUUUAAAUUAUGGAGACAAAGGCUACGUUCGAAUUGCAAGGAAUCAUGGAAAUUUAUGCGGCAUUGCAAGUUACGCAUGCUAUCCAGAACUGUGAAGAAAUCAAGAAGCUGUUUCUUGUUGAGAUUUUUCUUACUACUUUAGAUAAUUUUAUAAGACAUUCUUGAAUCAUGCAACUCGUUUACAGUAGCAUCUUUCUAUGCUAUAUCUGCAGAUCAAUAGUAUCAUAGAUUUAAUAAAGUGUCUUUCAGUCUUCUCUGGGCUUCAAGAACAAACUGGAAUGUAAUUUAGAUAAAUCUAUCAUGACUGCCAAAAUCAUCUUUAUUCUAUUAGGGGAACUCGGACAGAUGAUGGACAGAAUGAAUAAAAUAGUUAUAAAUAUUUCUUCUUGUAAUAUCUAUAAAGUAAACAAAUAAAUGUGAAUUAUGAUUUACCUUAA